GAACCCAACGCAGCCAUAAGCCAUCCACUCAUCUCCUCUCUUCUCUAAAAAUUCAAAUCGAAGCUUUGAAAGAACAAAGAAGAAAACCCUAGCCCCUAGCCCCCAGCCACCUAGCCCCGCAGCCUCCACAGCCACUGUAGGAAGCUCUUUGGCCGUUGUGUCUCCUCUGUUCGAGUUGUCUCUCUGCGUUCGCCGGUGUCGCCGUCUACACUACUCGGCCACCACCUUCACGCGAAGGACUCUGCUGCUCGCCCUUCUUCUCUUCUCCGAUAAGCACUGAUCUACUCCUUCUUCACCAACGGGGUUGGGCAUCUGGCGAUUUACACAUACCUCUCACAGUCCAAAACCUCAGAAUUCAUCAAGUAGAUCGAUCUGCAUUGUCACCCUCCAAAUCAUGGCUUUAGGUUUUGCCAUCGGAGUCUUCGGUGUUCUCAUUCUUUUUCACGCCGCUUAUUCAACCAUCCAAUAUAGGGGUUUGCUCAAGAUCACCGAAGAAGAGUUUUCAGGGCCUCCCUUCAAUGUGGUGACUGAGCUAUCUCUGGGGCUAGUUCUUUGUAUGUGGGCUGCGUUAACUGUGCCGGGGAAGUUUCUGUCCAUACACCCAGAUUCUGAGGAGAAUAGGAUUGUUUCUUUGCCUGCUAACGUUGACUUCAUGAUCUUCAACCACCGAGGCAAGGUCUUCCCCGUGGAAAUGGAUUUGAAGCUGAAACAAUGAUGACUUUAGGAUAUCCCUCUUUUGAGGAUUAAAGAUAUUUUCCCCGGAACAUUUUAGAAUUUUGGAUUUGAAUUUGAUAAUUUCAUUGGUUUAUCUAGGUCUCUUUGCACCUUCCUUUUGUAGCUUA